GCUCGGAGGAUUUGCAUGCCUUGGCUUAACCCUCCCGGGCACGGCGGGACCCUGCCCAGAGUCACGGCGGGGAUGCACCCGGCUUUUCCUGCUGAGCCGGGCGCGCUUUUCUUUUAGCGUGGAAAAACCAACAACGGCUGAAAAACGACCGUGGCCACACCCCGGCGUUGGAGGAACAGGCUUGAAUUCGCCCCCCCGGGCGGCAGACGCGGCCGGCGGCCGGGCGGACGCUGCUCCACAAACGUUAAUGCCCGCGGCCGCCGCUCAGGGCGGCUAAUCUGGGCCCAGAGGUUAGCGGGGCGGCGAUACCAUGGCCGGGGGCUGGUGGGCGAAGGCGCAGGCGGGGGGGAUGCUGCUGGCCCUCCUCGGGUGGGUCAGCUCUUGCGUCACCACCUUUGUGCCGCUCUGGAAGAACCUCAACCUGGACCUGAACGAGCUGGAGGUCUGGAACAUGGGGCUCUGGCAGGUCUGCAUCACCCAGGAGGAAGGGGUGGUCGAGUGCCAAGCCCACGGCUCCUUCCUGGCACUGCCCCCUGAGCUGCGCAUCUCUCGCCUCCUGAUGUGCGUCUCCAAUGGGCUGGGGCUGCUGGGCUGCCUCCUCGCUGCCAUGGGGCUGGACAGCUGGAGAGCCUGCGAGGACAAACCCGGGCAAAAGCAGCGUCUCCUGCUCGCUGGGGGAGCGCUGCUUGGCACUGCGGGGAUUACCACCCUGGUGCCGGUCUCCUGGGUUGCCUACAACACCGUCCUCGACUUCUGGGAUGAGACCGUCCCCGACAUCGUGCCCCGGUGGGAGUUUGGGGAGGCCACCUUCCUGGGGUGGUUUGCCGGAGCGUUCCUCGCCGCUGCUGGGCUGCUCCUCGCCUGCAGCGCCCGCUCCACGAGCGCCGCGACACCGCCGGGCCCCGCCUGCCGCCAGCUCCCCGCCACGGGGGGCCCGGGCGGGGGCCACCACCCACACCCCAAAAUCGCAGACCUGGUCAUCUAGGGCCUCGCUGUGCCCUGCAUGCCUCGUGGCUCUUCCCCUGGCAGAGAGGGCUCCUGCACGUUUCACAGGAUGAUUUGCUAAUUGCUACGGCAGCCCUGCCACUUCCUCUGCUUUCUCUGUGUGCCUGCUUCACUUUUUCUCUGUUAAGGAGCAGAAGUUUCCCUGCAGCACUCGCCAAGCGAGCGUGGGAAGGCAACAAGCAGUGGGCAGUACUUUGUACUGCUGGUGACACUGAUGGGUGACACCGUGUCGGCAGCUCAGCACAGCAGCUCCUUCCCUGUGUGUCUGUGUCGCUCUGAUGCAUUUGUAAUAAAUC